AUGCCGCAAGACCACCAGGAAGACCCGAUGCAGACCGACGGGGUGGAGGAGACUCAGUCCACCCAGCAAGCUACGCAGGAGACGCAGCUCAUGUCGCAGCUCGACCCAACCGUGGACGAGCACCUCUGGGGCAUGCUCAUCCCCUGCAACCCUACCCUCCACCGUGUCGACUUCCAGAAGGUCAAGCGGAUCUAUGCCUUCGGGCGCAAUAAUGACAUCCAAGUGGGCGGGAACGACAUCGUAUUUCCUGGAAGGAAGAUCAGGUUCGUCUUCCGGCACUUGGCGGCUACUUCGAGCCUCCGGGGCAUCUUCAAGUUCUAUCAAAUGCACAACGCACUAGGUAGAGGCUCUUUCGCUACUGUCAGCAAGGCCAUGCAUCGCGAGACUGGUAUAUGGUAUGCGGUGAAGACCAUGGAGCGCAAGCGCCUGCGGUCGGCGAACGACGCUCAGGCGAACAACGACGCAACGUUCUCCCGGGAGAUCAAGAUUCUCGAAGACCUGCAACAUCCGCGCAUUUGCCAGCUUAAGGAGGUCUUCUACGAGGACACACUAUUAAUCUCGUCCUGGAGUUGGUCUCAGGAGGUGACCUUCUUGAUUAUAUACUUGCUCAACCUAAUCAACGACUGGGAGGAUCUGUCUCAACAAUUCACCUACCAGAUCUGUGAUGCCCUUCAGUACAUUCAUAGCAAGGGAAUCGCUCACCGAGAUCUGAAGCCUGAAAAUGUCCUGUUGACCACAGACGACCCGCCCAUGGUGAAAGUGGCCGACUUUGGUCUCGCCAAGGCCGUGGACAGCAUGACCAUGCUGAGAACGAUGUGUGGAACUCCCUCCUACCUGGCCCCGGAGGUCGUCCUGCAGCAAAAUUGCAUGGGUUAUGACCACCUGGUCGACAGUUGGAGUGUCGGCGUCAUCGUCUACUGCAUGCUGACGGGAAGCAAUCCAUUCCCUGAUGAUACCGACGAGCCACUCAAGGAGAAGGUGCAAAACCGCCUCGUAGACUGGGAUUGUCUCAACUUUUACUGCCCAAGCCCCGCUGCCCGUGAUUUCAUCGACCGCCUCUUGGAGUUUUCACCUACCAUGCGUAUGCCCCCCUCCUCUUCCCUCGCUCAUCCCUGGCUCGCCCCUUACCAGUACCUCGCGACGAAUGUUCCCCUCGGGAACGAGAUCCCCCAAGCCGACUCCCAGUACUCCCAGUCUCAGCUGCAGAACGCCCACUUUGACGAUGCCGGCGCCGGCGUCGACGCUGAUGCUGAUGCUGAUGCCGAUGCCGAUGCGUCGAUGGACUCGGGCCACGCAGAGGCGAACAGCGCGGAUGCGCACAUGAACGAGGAGCCGCCGGCAGGCUCGCAGCUGCCUGGCCUCCCCGGCGCAUACCCGAACAGUCAGCAAAUCCAGCGGCGCUCGGACGUCCUCAUCGCGCAGUCGCAGCGGGAGCGCGGAGAAGAGGAGGGAGAAGAAAUCGUCUCAGAGGACGAGGGCGUGGGCCCGGACGAGCCGGCGGAGCUGAACGGGAACGCGCGCGGGACGAAACGCAAGGCGCUGGUCUUCGAGGGCUCGUUGACGCCGAUGGAGGAGGAGGAAUCGGAGGAGGAUCCGAACGCGAUGCCGAUCUCGCCCAAGACGGUGCGCACUGCGAGGAGGGGCCGUGGUGCGACUGCUGGGCCGUCUUCCCGCCCUCCGCGCGCUGCCACUGCGCGGGGCGGGAAGAGGACCGCGGCGGGCACUACGCCGAAUGGGACGAGGCGGUCUGAGAGGCUCGUGAACACGGCUCCCGUGAGGCAGCGGAGGGGGUAG